AUGGCAGCGACGCGCGUGUCGGGCCUUUCUCUCUGCCGUGCCGUCUCUUAUUCGCGCUUCUUGUCGCGCGGUCGGAAUGCAUGCCUCGCAGAUGCGCACUGCCGUUGCACUGCGGUCUCGGCAACGUGUGCGUGGCCCUUUGCGCGCCUGCGCUCCGGCGCGUCUCUGAACCCGCGCGCCCGAGUCUCCGCUCCCUCCUGUGCGGUGGGCGCGUCUGCGGCGCCUGCAUCGCUCUGUGAGGCGCCUGCGGUCUCUUUCGCGCCUUGCAGCGUCAGCUCGUCCUCCGCCUCUGUGUGCCGGCUGUCGCAUGCAUUCUCCACGUCGGCUCCCGGCGCCUCCGCGCCGGCAAAGGCGGAGCUUGACGAAGGGAAAAAAAGGCCACGCGGCGAAGCGCCUGUCGCUGCAGGGCGAGAGGACGCCAGAGAGUCCGAGCCGCAGGCCUCGAGCGCCGCGGAGGGAGCGCAGGGGAAGGCCACGGAGGAGAGUCAGCCGCAGGACGCGGAGCCUGGCAGAGAGCCGGGAUACCUCUCCGCCGUCUUGAUGGCAACGCUUCUCUUUGGCGGGCUCGUCGUCGAGGCCGCGCGCGUCUUUGAACGCGCCAAUCGCGAGAACAAAUCCGUCACAGAAACGAUUGCAGAGGAGCUCAAAGACCUCGACGCGCGCAUGUCGCACUGGAACGAGCAGCUUCACCUUUACCUCGACAAGAAGAUCGGGACUGGCAAGAAGGAGGCUGAGCCGCUGCUGCCUGACCUUGCGGAGAUCAACGCGCCGGACCUGAUGCCGACGCUCGUUCUGAACUUCGAUAACGUCCUCGCCUACAUCGCCUACGACCCGGUGAAAGGCUACAUCGUGCGUAAACGCCCCGGUGUGGACGCCUUUCUCUCGACACUCGCGAACUUCUACGAGCUCGUCCUGUGGAGCGAGCAUCCGUUUCCGUUCAUCGAGGAUCUGCUGCGCACCAAACUCGAGUGGCCUGUCUCCUUCACGCUCUACCAGGAGAACAUGGACUGCCGAGGCAGCGUGCGCUACCGAAACCUCGAGAGGCUAGGCCGGCGCAUGGAUCGUGUCCUCUACAUCGAUGUCGACGGGACGAAUCUGCCCGCCUCGCAAACCGCGAACUUCAUCAAGGUCGCCCCUUUCCACGGUGAAGCCCAAGAGAUGCUGGAGGACCGCGCGUUGCCUGAGUUGACCGAUCUGCUGAUUGGCGCCGCGAUCUCGGCGGGCGACGUGCGAGAGGUGCUGCUUCGCUACGGCGGAGGCGCAGACGGGAACGUCGGCAAGCGCUUCCUCGUCGAAAAACUCGACGCCGAAAAACGCGCCAACCAACGCAGAAACAUCGGCCGCGCCUUCGGCUUCAGUGGAGGCUCCGGCACCCAGGCCAGACAAAAGUGGGAAAAGUAA